UUGUUUUUGCUCAGUAGUUAUACGACUGUUUUCUUUUUUCAUAUUUGCCAUCAGGUUGUGCAAUUAAUAUUUGUGUGUUCCUUUUUUGUGUUAGUUAGUGCUGCUGCUGCUGCUGUUAGUGUUUUCGGUGAUGUGCAUUAAAGCAGCAAUUUGAAUUUUGUGCGUUACGCAGCUCACAACAAUGCGAGCGCUGCGAAAAUCGAAGAAGUUGCGUUCGCUGUCGUCGUGUGUGUGAAAAUUCAAUACAAAAUAUUAGUUGGGUGACAAAAGCAGAGCAGAGUGAAAAAUGUGCUUGGUGGAGCAUGCGGGGAAUAAGCAUAAGCUCUCGUCAACAAUCACACAACAGCAACAGCAAAAAAAUAAACAACCGUCGUCGCGAUAUUUGCCAUCAAUCACGAGUAAAGAUUGCCACAGCAGCUACAACAACAAAGAUGCCAACAACAAUAAUAACAACAACAUUGUUGAUAUAAACACGCAACUGCAACAACAACAGCAACAUCAGUAUCAGAGCCUGCACUGCGACAGCAGCACAACGCCCACAUUUAACGCCAAAUAUAGGCGAAAAUGUUUCCUAUUGCUGUCGCUGUUGCUCUUCCAUGGCUGCUUCAGCGGCCUGCAUAGCGCCAGUGCCUACAACUGCACCACCAAUCCUUGCCAGAACGAAGGACAGUGCCUCGAUGGCCAGUGCAUCUGUGCCGAUGGCUGGCAGGGACCCGCAUGCCAAUUCUGCGGUGGCAAAGUGCGGAUGUACCAUCCCAUGGGGACGAUACACGAUGGCUGGGGCAACUAUUCGGUGAGCGUAAAGUGCAGUUGGCUAAUUGACGCCCAUCACCCACAUUGGGGAGGUCGUCGUCACGGCGUCAACCCCUCGCGUGCCGCCAAAAUACGCAUUCAUCUGCGCGAAUUUGCCACCGAAUGCGGCUGGGAUCAUUUGUAUAUAUACGAUGGCGACAGCGUUGAUUCGCCGCUCCUGGCGGUGUUCAGUGGCCUCAUGUAUAGGGGCAACUUUUCAAUACGCCGUGUGCCGCAGGUUAUAGCGACAUCAGGCACAGCGCUGUUGCAUUUCUUCAGCGAUGAUGCCUACAAUAUGUCUGGCUUUAAUCUCACCUACAAGAUGAAUGGCUGUCCGACAGAUGCAGACGAUGUGGAAUGCUCGGGGCAUGGCACGUGCAACGAUGGCGAUUGCUUGUGUGAUCCUAUGUACAGAGGCGAGGCUUGCAAUGUGGCCGCCUGUCCCAACAACUGCACCGAGGAGCGUGGCCAUGGCAUUUGUAAGAUGGACAAAGAGCGCUGUGAAUGCAAUGAUGAGUAUGGCGGAGAUGAUUGCAGUCAACUGCGUGCACACGGCGUUUGGAGUACGGUGCAUCCCAAGCAUUUGGAGGCGCCAGCGGGCAGCGCAUCGCAUGGCGCCACCGUGUGGCGCGACACGUUGCACAUCAUUGGCGGCGAAUCGUAUGGGCGUGGCAAUCUAAUGAGCACCUACGACUUCAAUGCCAAUGUGUGGGAAUCAGCGCUAACCAAGGAUGGCACCCUGACGCCCGAGAAACGUUACGGCGCAUCGACUGUGAUGUAUGGCGAUAAAAUCUUCAUGUACGGCGGCGUUGUCAAGGGCCAGGGCAUCACCAAUGAACUCUGGUCGUAUGAUGUCACGGCCAAGACGUGGGAGAAUAUCACCGUCAAAACGGAGCCAUGCAAUGCCACCUACACGAUGUGCGGGCCACUGCACGUGGCUGGGCAUACGGCAACGUUGGUGCCCGGCUAUGGGGAUAAGAACAACUAUCAGUAUAUGGUGGUGAUAUUCGGGCAUUCAUCACAGUAUGGCUACCUCAAUACCGUGCAGGAGUUCAACUUUAACACACGCGAAUGGAAGAUUGUCGAGACGUACGGUUAUGUGGUGAAAGGUGGCUAUGGCCACAGUGCAGCCUACGAUAUGCUAACCGAAAAACUGUACAUCUACGGCGGCAUUGUGUCGGAGAGUGAUGCCAGCCAGGUGCUGAGCUCCCGACUCUUUUCAUACGAUCCCUCAACACGCAUCUGGAAGCUGUUGUCGUCGGCGCCAAGUGCGCGACUGCUGCACACCGCGAAUUUUGUGAAUCCCGGCCUGAUGAUGGUCUUCGGCGGCAACACGCACAACGACACGUCGCAGAGCUACGGCGCCAAGUGCUACAGUCAGGACUUGCUCAUCUACGAUGUGUACUGUGACUCGUGGCACAUGCAUCAGAUGCCCGCCCAUCUGCAGGCGGAUCUGGCACGUUUUGGCCACAGUUCGGUGGUGUUUGAGGAUUCGCUGUACAUCUACGGUGGCUUCAAUGGCCAAAUGCUAAACGAUAUGCUACGCUUCGAUGCGGGACACUGCAGCUAUUACACCAAGCAGGAGAAAUGCAGCAGCGCUCGGCCGGGCGUCAAGUGUAUUUGGGAUGUGCAAAUGAUGCGUUGCAUUAACAUCAUGCGCGUGCAACGCUCGGCGAUCUACGGACGCGAGCAAUACGAUUAUGUGGCUUGUCCCUCGAAGAGUCGCAUCACCAUGACCUCCGAGCAUUUGCAUCAUGUUGCGCGCUGUCAGGAGCUGAAUAACUGUCAGUCUUGUGUGUCGACUGCUUUUAGCUGCACGUAUUGCGGCAAUGGAGUGUGCAGCAAGGAACGUUGCCGUGAAACCACUUCGGUGGCAUCUAUAUUCUUUGCGGAUUCUUCGUCUUCGACCACACAACAACAACCAGCAGUGCAGCAUCAGCUGCCGGUGGCAACGGUGGCUCCGCCACUGAAUGCCAAGCGUUUGGAUAGCUGUCCUGAGCUGGAGGAUCACUUGGUGCAGGCCACCUGCGAGCAGCUGCACAAUUGUCGCGCCUGCAUGGCGAAUGCGGCCUGCAAGUGGGAUCCGGAGUCGAAUCGUUGUCGCAGCUACAUCUCCGGCUCUGGCUUGCCACUGAAUCGCACUCAGCACGAUGCGACGUUGUGUCGGCCGACGUGUGCAUCGCAGACGAAUUGCCACAAUUGCACCGAGGACGAGUGCAUCUGGUGUCAGAACGAGCAGCGUUGUGUCGAUCGCAAUGCGUACACGGCCAGUUUCCCGUAUGGCCAGUGUCGUGAGUGGACCACAUUCACCUCCAAGUGCCGCUCGGCGCCGAUAACGGCGCUGAGUGCGGGCACAACGACAGCGUUGUCCAGUGCACAGUGCGGUUACUACAACAGCUGUCAGCAGUGUUUGGAUGAUCCGGCGUGCGGCUGGUGCGACAACGGCUCCAACACGGGCUUGGGCAAGUGCGUGGUUGGUGGCGCGUUGUCGCCGUACGAUAAAACGGAGUGCGCUCUCAAGCACUGGUUCUUUACGUCGUGCCCACGCUGCAAUUGCAACGGUCAUUCCUAUUGCAAUGAUCAGCAACACUGCGAGCAGCCGUGCAACAAUUUAACGAUCGGUGCACACUGCGAGAAAUGCCGCGCUGGGUACUGGGGCAAUGCCAUCAAUGGCGGCGAAUGUCAGCACUGUCAGUGCAAUAACCAGGGCGACUAUUGUCAUCCGGAUACGGGCAAAUGCUACUGCAACACCAAGGGCAUUGUGGGCGAUCAUUGUGAGAAGUGUGAUUCACAGAAUCAUUACAUUGGCGAUCCGUUGCGUGGCUCGUGCUAUUACGAGCUAACCAUUGACUAUCAGUUCACGUUCAAUCUGUCCAAGAAAGAGGAUCGCCAUUUUACGCAAAUCAAUUUUCGCAAUUCACCGGUGAAGCCAGAGAUCGAUGCGGACUUUACGAUCACUUGUAGUGUGCCAGCCAAAAUGGAUAUAUCGGUGAAGCGUGUGGGUUUGCCGGAGCGUCUGCUUUUGGUUGGCAUCAAUUGUUCGACGUUCCGUCAUCGUUUUCCCAAAACUGAUUUUCAUUUUGGCAACAUUCCGGUUGACAAUGUCUCGCUGACCACCUUCUAUGUGUUUGUGCACGACUUUCAGCCGCCCAUUUGGAUACAGAUCGCGUUCUCGCAGUAUCCCAAGCUCAAUCUACAGCAGUUUUUCAUCACAUUCUCGUCAUGCUUCCUCCUCCUGCUGCUCAUGGCUGCGGUGUUGUGGAAGAUUAAGCAAAAGUACGAUAUGUUCCGACGCCGACAGCGUUUGUUUGUCGAAAUGGAGCAAAUGGCCAGCCGGCCAUUCUCACAGGUGCUGGUUGACAUUGAAACACGAGACAGUAUUGAUUUGAGUUUGCCGCUGGAAGGCAUCAGUCACAUGUCCAAGAAACGCAAGAAGGAAUGUCCCAGUCCAAUUGCUUUAGAGCCCUGCAAUGGCAAUCGAGCCGCAGUGCUCUCGCUUCUAGUCCGGCUGCCCACGGGUGGUCUAUCGCAAGCACCUGCUGGCCAAUCCGCUGGACUGGCCGUAGCCAGCGCUUUAGUCACGCUUGGAAAUCCGCGUCGCCCUUCGGUCGAGGUGCAUCCCAAGGAGCCAAAAUCGAAACGCAAGCAGAGCCAACAUCCAGACAGUUGUACAUAAAAUACACACACACACGCGAUAAUAGCUAUGAUAAUGUGUACAAUUAGUUAAUAGAACCUUAGCAUAUUUGCUCUGACUUUCUUUAUCUAUUGAACACAAACACAUAAGAAAAAUACACACACUACGCAACACAACACAACACCAAUACACACAGAUGGCCAGCAGUUAGCAAGUUGAUAAUCCGCAGUUAUUAUUACUUUAAUGCAAUUAGUCUAAUACCCCUAAACAAAUACGAAAGAAAACGAUGCAAAUAAUAAUAAUAUUAUAAUAAUAAUAAUAAUAAUUACAAUUAAAAUAUUAAUAAUAACAAUAAUAAUAAUUACGAUUAAAAUAAUAAUAAUAAUUUUAGCAAAAGGACAUAUUUAUAUACAAGUUAUAUACAAUUUGAUAUAGUUGAUAGGUCAUUUAGCGUUGCAAAAUAGUUGUAAAUGUUUUAUUUAUUAUUUAUACCGCAAAAUGUAAACUACAUAACACAUAUAUAUAUUUUUUAACAACAGCAGCUGUAGGUCAACCCCUCGCUCCCAUUUUUAUAUACAUACACCUUAUAAACCUUUACAUUGAUAUGCAUGCAAAACAUACAAAACAAUUUGUAUCUGUGUAUCGUGAGCGCGUUGUUGAAAUUUAUUUAUGCAAAUGUUCUAUUCUUUUAUUUUUUGGUUUGUUUUUGCAACAAAAGACAUUUUAUUCAUUUUAGUAGCAAGCAAAAAGAAAAAAACGUGAUGUUUAUAUUACAAUAAUUGAAAGAAAGAACGAGAAGAGGAUAAUAUAUGUAUGUACGUGGAAAUCUUGCAGAUUGUACUGUGUUCAUUGAAAGAAAUUGAUAGACAAAGCAUGAAAAAGUAUUUUGUUUCUGUGCAAACAUUUACAACAAAUUAAGACAAAUGAACAAAUGGCAGCCAAUAAAUGUAUCUGUAAAUAAAUACUAAAAAAUAUACAUACGUAAAUUAUAUAUAAUUAUAUAUAUAUAUAUAUACAUAUAUAUGGUAAUCAUAGGAAAACGCGCCCAAAACAAAUCAGAUAUGUAAUUUAGUUUAUGAAAAACAAAAAAAAAACACAAAAGAAAUGCAAACUACAAAAUUUAUUUCAAUUGAA